UACCUAUCAGAACCUUCUUCAAACUACUUAAAACGAAAACGCUUUUUUUUAGCUUAUUAGAGUAGCCGCAUCGCUUACUGAAACACAUACACAACAUUAUCUGUCGACACAACUAUAUCUAUUGGAGGGAGUAGUUUGUUGCGCGUUUAAACUUGUUGCAUCCAUAGAAGCUGCGCGCGCUCCUAGUAGUACCUCUGCAACCUGAUUCAGUUUUUUACUCUCUCGCUCGCGAGCCUCGGCACGAGUACAACUUGAAAUCAGCACGUUGCAUCCGGAAAGAACGCGGCCUCCAGCACCAACUUCGACAUCUACACCCAUUUAUUUUUUACACAGUAAUUGUAUUCUUGUAGUAGAACGUAGUUUACCCACAGCACGUUUUAUACACGACUCACCGCCGGAAAAAGUUUUGAAGGAACAACUCCUAAAGAUACACCACAGCCAACAUGCUUGCAGCAAAUCGAUCGUCUCUAUUUGUUCAUCUCGGGAGUGUUUGCUCUCUCUACUCCUGCAUUGUGUUUGCAGAUGCCGCAGGACCUCCAUUGGCGGGACGUGGGGGCGUGCGGGGGCGUCAUCUGCGGCCGCGCUCCCGCUCACCAGCCAGCGGGACCAGAGCUGGGGGCCCGGCGGACCGAGAAGUAGACCCCUCCUCGGGCCCAGGGCCGCGCGCCGCGAGCGCCCUGGGAGCCCCUGAGGGUCUCCGUCAUCUUCGAUGGGUGUUUGAUAUGCCGCUGCAGUUCGUGUCGCUUGCCGGUGAACCGUAUCAAAUGCAAAAAUGUCUGGGUCUGGAAGAUUCUGACAGUUGUCAUGCACGUUUUGCAUGAGCCCUGAUGUCUGUGAUGCAUGCCCUAGCAUCGCAGAUUUUUUGAGAGCUUCUUGAUGCCUAUUCCGCAUGACAAAUGUACUAUUUGUGUUCCGACCAUGUGCAUUAUCGCACUAAAAAAAUCGAUCAUACUCAUAUUUGGCCGAAUUCAAGACACAAAAAAUGCUACUUUUUUGAAAAAAGCCUGCGCUUUUUUAACAAAAAUCCUGUAUUUCGGCAGCGAUUUUUCUUUUUCGGCGGAAAAUUUGCAUGGCUUGGAGGUAAGGCCUGGAGCAUUCUGCUUGGGCGGCAACGUUGCUGAGCUCUGGACUGGCUGCCUGUAGUAGUUCAACUAGCUACGAGGAGGCGACUGGCGCGGAUAUGUCGCCCGCGACAAUUGUCCUGGCUCUGCUCUUCGGCCUCUUGCCGGCCCCCUCUUACCGGUCCAAGCCCCUCCUCACCUACCGGCCCCGCCGUCGGGCGCUUGUCUCUCAUAACUCCCGCUCCCAAGCCUGUCACAUGGAUGGAGGCAAAGGAUCCACGCAGCCUGGCACAUGCUCGGCCCAGGAGGAAAGGAAUGGCCUUCAGGAUGCCAGCUCUAGCCCCGCUGAGACGGUGCUGCGACAAACAUGCAUGGGUUGUGCUGGGGGCCGCGCAAAAGCCUAAGGGCUGGGCCUUCUAUUUUGAGGCGUUCUGGGGUUCUUGGGCAGACCUCCGGUGGCAUCCUCUGGCACGCCUCCACAGGAUCGCCGCCAGAGCGAUCGACCAGGGACGGGACCAAAAAAGGCCAUCUCAAACAGCAAUUUUCAGUGCGGAGAACGUGGAAAAACGGCCAACAAAACGUGGCAAAAUCGGCAAAAGCUGACAGCUUUUGCGGUAUGAUCAAUUUUUUUUAGCACGAGCUGAGUCCGGAAUCGAUCAUAUUUGCUGACCUGCGCCGUAGCACCGCGAUUGGCGUUUUUUCAAAAACUGUAAAUUUGCAAAUUUUUCACCAUAGCAGCGGCCCAAAAAAAUUGAUCAUAUGCCAAAAGCUGCCAUUUUCUUUUAGAAAAUUUGAAAAAAGUGAAAAAAUGGCAUUAAUCAUACUCGCAAAAAUGUAUGAUCUAUUUUUUUGGGACCGAGCUAACGGCCAUUUUUUGAGGCCGAUCGAUCAUAUCGAAAAUCGGCAUUUUUUCGAACUUCGAAAAAGUGCGAAAAUCUUGCCAAAUUCAGCUGUGGAAGUUCAGCAAAUCGACUCCGCUGAUGGGGCGGCCCGGAAGAGGUCUCCGGCGCCCGAAAGUGAUAUGAUCGAUUUUUUUGAUCCGCAUGCAAUGGCCGUCUUUUCGAGGCCAAUCAUGUGCCCACUUUGCCUUAGCUCAUCUGGGGCCAGAAAGUGCGCGAGCAGUCUCUCCAGAUUGGACGGCGUUGCCGGUCUGGGGGGGGGCAAAGCAGUUAAAAUCCCGACGAGGAGCUGGUGGUAAGUAAGGCCAAGGCGGGGUAUCGGGCUCCUCGGCAUGUGCCCAGAAAUGCAGGCCCAUGGCCAUAACGCCAACGAAAUCAAUGGGACAGGGCCGCGCAAUGGUAUUGGUCUCCAGUAGUUGCGCCAUCUUCUUUGUGGUUUGUCUGACGGCCCUAUUGGAGUAGCAUCCGCCUCCUCAUAGCUACUCGGCCUGCUGCCGCCUCUUAGUUGCUGAAGUAGCGAAACUACUCCAAGCAGCCAAAGAAGAUAGGCCGCGCAAUAUUUACGUCAUAAGAGCACCAAAACAGAAGCGGCUGCCCGGGUCUGCCGGACACCGCGAAAAAUUUUUGAAAAUAAAAAAUUGAAAAAAUAGCGAUUUUUGGGCUUUUUGCGGCCCUGUAUGAGUAUGAUCGAUUUUUUUGGUGGGAUAUGCAUGUGUCCUAGAUCCUCUCCUCAUGCGUCCUUCUAGAUCUGCGCGCGCUCCACACACACACACACACUUCAAUGAUCACAGUAGUUAGACCUUGGUAGGGGCGCGAGAUCCUUAUAAAUGUUUACUAGCGUGAGGAGAAAACCUCGAUAAAAAAUCUUCAUGUUUUUUUUUACUAGCGCUAGCUUUACUACCCUUGUAGACUUUAGAUGCCGCCCCGUACAUACUUUCAUACUGCGUCGCCUUUGUUUUGCGCGACAGCCCCUUUUUUGGCUGGUUUUCCUUGUGUUUUGCGCGGCAGCCCCUUUUUUUCUGGCUGGCCGGAGAUCCUUUUGCGUAGGGCCCCUAAAGUGGGCAAAUGAACGAAGAGACAUACACAAAAAUGGAGCGACCGAAAAGUGGAAAAGAAGACGGGGGGGGGAAAGUAAUAGAAGAAAAAAGAAGAAGACUUGGGUGGGGCAAAAAAGAAAAAAGGAAAGAUGGGUGGGGGCAUGGGUUGAAGGACAAAAAACACAAGAACCUGAACUGCAAGCGUCUGGGAGUUUGCAUGCCAGGAGAUUUAUUAGUAGAGUGGCAGGGUUGUUAUUUUAAAGACUGCGCUAAGGCAGCACCCCCCUUCCCCAAGGGGCCCCCCGGGGCGGGCGCGGUGGCGGCUCUGCUAACGCGGAGCUCCAAGGCCCGGCUCUAUCUAUGCGCAUAAAAAGGGUGCGCGGAAAUAGGUCGGGAAGGUGCUUGGAAGGGGCAUGCUUUGGGGUUGUCCGUCAUCGUGAUAGGGUCAACGUGUGUGGCCAAUAGUCCCCCAGUUUAUUCUAGCGCGCGACCGACCACAAAAGCAGUAGCGUUCGACGUUUGUAAGAAUAACCCAGCAAGGCAACGCUGGAGCUCCACCUUGCUCGCGGGCUUGGAUGGUAAAGCAGGUCAGCCACAUCCAGCGCCCGCUGGCCGUAUGCACGCGUAAGAAAUCGGAAACGGUUCGGCGGAUGCGGUCGGGUGGUACCUGUAGGACGUGGAACGGGUGUCCACCUAGGGGCAUUGGCAGAGGCUAAAUCUGUUCUAGCGCCACGGUAUCGGCAGAGGCUAAAUCUGUUCUAACGCCGCCCAGACAGGAGUUAAAGGUCAACACACACACACGCGGAGCAAAAAUUGCAUUCCUUUUGGUACUCAUGCAAUACAGAUUUUUCUGGAAUCCAAAUCCAGCAUCAUUCCAGACCCAGACAUUUUUACAUUUGACAAACCGCUGCCCAACUUGCCUGAGGUCGUCAAGCCGGAGCAGUGGUUACAAUGGACGCCAGCAGACCUUUACCGCCACGUCGAGACACAGUUGCCGCGCGAAAUACUCCCUUGCGGAAAGGUGGAUAUCCUCCUGGCAAAUGGCGCCGCAACAACUCCCGUGCCGCGUGAGGAACAAGGGGCGCGGCGUUUCUUAGCAGACGUGUUGCGAGAGGAUAUUGCGCGUCGGAAUGGUGGACGAGGAACUACGAGCAGCAAACCACAACCCCACACACUCCAGGUCGUCAUUGUGAAGGGGAAAAACAAGCCUUUCCCCGAUCGGCAGACACUCGCGCUAGCGAUUGAUCUGUGGCGGGAUGAUCGUCGUGUUGACUUCAACAAUCAACAGAGGGCUGAGGCGCGCCGACAGAUCGUUGACGAGUACGGCGACGUAAACGAGUGGAAUGUUUGCCGAGUCAACAACUUAGACGGCAUUUUUAAUUUUGCGCGUUUUGGGUAUCAUGAUACGUUCCAAAUGUCGCUCUGGGACACACGGGGCGUGACAAGCAUGCGACGACUCUUCAUGGAUGCCCCCCUCUUCAACCAAGACAUUAGUGCGUGGGAUGUCCGGGAUGUGACUGACGUAUGGCAUGCUCCACUGCGUGAUUUUUACAUUGGUCGCUGUUUGUCGAUCCUUUGUCAUGUAAAUGAAGGAGCACUUUCAGUUCACCCUCAUAAUUUGCGCGAUGCUGAUGCAGCAACAGAAACUCCUUGACGUGCUAAGUAUUAGCAUAAUUGGGUGGACGAUCUUUCGUGCCAAGUCUGUAUAUGGUAUGCAAGAAGCGAGGAGGAAUAGGAAACAAAGGGGCAGGGAGCCUCGUUCCCCCGCCCACGCACUUCUUGGCCUUUUCUUUCAUUACUGGUGCUCUUGCAUCAAAAUCCUAAGUGGUCAUCUUGUUCGUGGUCGCGACGAGUCAUAUAGUAAAAACGUUUGAGAAUGCCAUACAGAUUGUCCGCGAUGUUUAAGCGUGCUGCAUCGUUCGACCAGGAUCUCAGCCGGUGGAACGUUGGCAGGGUGACGUAUAUGCACGGCAUGUUCGAGGGCGCCGUCCGCUUCAACCAGGAUCUUAGCACGUGGGACGUUCGCCGUGUGAAAGCCUCAGAAUGGAAAUCCUCAAAGUGGAAAUAAUUUGUGACGCAUGAAAUGCAAGGCAAAGAGACUGUAUUGCAGAGGACACAAUGGAGACCGACUAUUGUCCUGCUAGGGGUUCAGGAUUGGGCUGCUGAUUAGCACGAGAGAAGGGCACCCCUUUGCCUACCUAGCAUGACAGACAUGCUUUGAGUGCCCGGAAAAUUUGUCAUGCGCCGACUAGAAAUGGCGCUUCAACUGGAGUCGUUUUUUUGCAUUUCAAAUUAUUUCCACUUUGAGGAUUUCCAUUCUGAGGCUGUCAUACGCCGCGUGGAGGACAUGGGUAAAAUGUUCAAGGACGCGGAAGCCUUCAAUCAGCCACUUGCCGAAUGGGGGAAAAAACUCGGGCAGCGGGUGCGGGGCGAGGGUCCUCGUCUGCGUUUGUGUCAGAUGUUCCGAGAUGCGUCGUCCUUCCGCCAAAGUUUGGUCGCUUGGGAAGCGUGGAUGCUAGAAGAGGAAGCAAAAAUAAAGCAAGGCGUUUUCGGCCCCGGCAUGCCCGAUUUCUUGGCCUUAAUAUUCGAGGACAUGCUGGAAGGCGCUCUGAAUUUUAUCCCGGCGGAGCACUUGACGGAAAAGCAGCGGGAUCUCAUGCAAAAAGGCAGAGCCUACGGACGCGACCCAAUCGAUUCCAAAGGCUACCGGCUAAUGCCCGAUGGCACGCGUCGAGGGUAUAUUCCCCUUUCUUAG